AUGUCAUUGACUAAUUUUCCUGUUGAGCCUACUUGUUUCAGCUCUGCAGAUAAGGAUGCUAGAUGGCAGAGUGCUAUGACAGAAGAGUUCAAUGCCCUACUUGCAAACCAGACGUGGUCUCUUGUUCCUCGUCCAUCUGGUAUUAAUGUUGUUGGCUGCAAAUGGGUCUAUCGAGUUAAGCAGAAGUCUGAUGACUCUCUUGAUCAUUGUAAGGCGAGUUUGGUAGCCAAGGGUUAUACUCAGGAACUUGGUGUGGAUUAUGGUGAGACCUUUAGUCCUAUUGUUCGUCCCACUACUAUACGCCUAGUACUCUCUAUUUCUCUUUCUCGUGGUAUUCGCGUCACUCGGUUGGCGAAUGGUUUGCAUCUCUCUCAGAGUAAGUAUGCUCGAGAUAUUCUUGAUCGUGCUAGUUUGUUACAGUCCAAGCCGGUCUCCACUCCAUCUUCUUCUCGAUCUGCCACUAUUGAGGACUCUACUGUUAUUGAUCGUACUUUAUACCGUAGUCUAGUGGGUGCUUUACAAUAUUUGACUCUGACUCGACCAGACAUUGCCUUUGCGAUAAAUACAGCUAGUCAACACUUACAUGCUCCUACUUCCACUCACCUUGCUGCUGUUAAACACAUUUUGCGUUACAUUGCCGGUACUCUCGAUUUUGGGUUGUUGUUGAAACGAGUGACUACUUAUUCUCUUACUGCAUAUUCAGAUUCUGAUUGGCUGGUUGUUCUGAUACUCAUCGGUCUACCACUGGAUCUCUGGUUUUCUUUGGUUCAAAUCUCAUUUCUUGGCCUUCUAAGAAGCAACAUACUGUCUCUCGCUCUAGUACCGAGGCUGAGUAUCGUGCCAUGGCUCACACUGUAG